AUGGGGACGGUGGCCACCACCCCUCCGCCACCACCACCAUCGCCGCCGCCGCCCACCGCCGCCACCACACGCUCUUCAUGCGGCCCCAAUUUAGAAUCUUUAACCGACAUCGAUAUCAGGAAGCUAUCCCAGUCGGAGCUUCAGGCUCUUUCCAUGUGCUCUGACUCCGCUUUCGACCUCCACCGCACCGAUGAUGUCGUCAUCCCCAACAUCGACCGUUCCAUUUUUCACGAGUCAUCUGGAAGCCGGCGUCAGGGUUACUCCCGCCUCCGUGACAGCCGUCAUCAUCACCUCCACACGCGUACGCGCCGCCCCGGCCUCACUCCAGGCUCAAAACUCUCUCCCGCUUUAGACCCCGAGAACCACUCCAUUCUUCAUUUCCUCAAGCAUUAUUUGGAGCAUAAUUCGACCUCCACCUGCCCUCCUCCUCCUCCUCCGCCGCCGAUUCCGCCUCCUCAGCCCGUUGUGGUUCAUGACCAGCCGCAGGAUCAACCGGGUUUCGGGUUGCAGGAGAAAAUGGCUUUGGCCGUGCAUGCCGCCGGGAAGAAGAGGAAAAGGAUUCGGAAAAAAGCCAAACAGAACAAGGCUUUAACGGAAAGUAAAAAGGGGGUGGAAAUGCAAAGAGUGAACAAGAAGGGUCAGGAGGUGGAUUUCACUGCGCUGGAGAGCAAUGGGGAUAAGUUGUUUGCUGCAGAAUUGGGCAAAAGGACCAGGGGAUUGCAAACAGAGGAAAAAGUUUUAGGCUUUCUAAGGGGCAUAGAGGGGCAAUGGGGUAGUACGAGGAAAAGAAGGAAGUUUGUUGAUGCCAACGAAUUCGGUGACGCUUUACCCAUUGGAUGGAAGCUGUCGCUUGGCCUCAGAAGGCGUGAUGGCCGUGUCUCUGUAUUCAGUCACAGAAUCGUAAGCCCCUCUGGAGAGCAAUUUGUAUCCUGCAAGGAGGCUGCAUCUUUUCUGCGCUCCUAUUUUGAAGCCAAGGGAUCAAAACUGGCAGUUGAUCAGCAGACGUGCCCAGUUGAUCACCCUGGUGCGACAGCUUCUGGGAAUGGUGCAGGUAUUGCCGAAGGUCCUGAUUCUGCAGUUGAUGAGCUCGGUUCUGGUUCUUCUUCAGCAAAUUUAGCAGUCCCUAUUGGACUAGGAAGGGAAAUCUUUCCAGUGGACUUAAAUGAUCUUCCUGAGGUUCAAGUUCAGGACCUUUUUGAGUGUCUCAAAUGUGGCGUGUCUUUUGACAAAAAGAAUGCAUACCUGCAGCACCUUGUGUCAUUUCACCAACAGACUACAAGGAGGUUUAAAUUUGGUAAUUCGGUUAGUCAGAGUAUGAUCAUUAAAGAUAGCGCAUUGAAGUGCCAGUUCUGCCAGCAGGUCUUCCUAGAAAAGUGUAGUUACGAUGAUCAUGUAGAAGGCCAUGGUAGGAACCAAACUGGAUCCUCAGAAGAACCACCUACGUCAGCUUAUGUCCAGAAGAUGAUGGAGUCUCCUGCUCUAGAGGUUCCGUGUCCAACAGUUGAGACUAAUACGACGAUUGUGGUAGCUUCAAGUGCUCUGCUUAGUUCUGCAGCUUUGGAUGUUUCCGGCCCUUCUAUUGCGGAUUCGGAUGAAAAUUUGGCUGGCCACCCUCAUCACAAAGAAACUGCAGAUUCUGAUCCUGUUGAUUUGGCAGAACUCAAGGCUAACGGAGCUCCUGAUGAAGACUUACUUGAACAUGGAAGUGAAUACAAAGUGGCAGAUCAGAAAACAAUGGAAGGAGAUGGUAGGCAAAGUUCCGUGGCUAAUCUGAUUGAAAUUUGUCAACGUGAUACUGAUCAGUCAGGUGCCAAGGAGUUUAAUGAAUACCCAAAGGGAGCUACAGAAAAGGGUUUUGAACAUAUGGCUUCUGAAAUUACUGAUGAUGCUGCAAAUACCAAGGUGCUAACAGGUGAUGAAAUUGUGCUUCAGAAUGAGAGUACACCCGCCCCAGCUCCUUUGAUGCAUCCAAUUGAGUACUUAACUUCUGGAUCAGACAAGGGAGAUACUGGAUUUUUUGUAGAUGGCCAAAGGUUUGGGGAUUUGACCGGGUUUGAAGAGUUGCAGUUGGAUGAAAUGGAUUAUGAUUUUGUUGGUGGAAGUGAAAAGCUGGAGACAUCAUCUUUGCCGGGGGUCUUCCAGGGUGUGGCAAGUGAUAUAAUGUUGGGACAAGGACUAACCCCCUCCGUUGGAGUUGACACAAAAGAAACUGAAAUGAAGAUGACUGCAGCUACACAAGAAUUCACAACUCUGUGUGUCUGGUGCAAUUCUGAGUUUAAAGUCGAGGGUUCUGAGUCAGACAUGCAGUUGGGCUCAAUCGGAUACAUGUGCACAGCUUGCAAGGAUAAUAUUUCCGGGCAUUUUAACAGAAUCUGUAGUUGA